UUAAUAAUUUCUUGUUUUUGGUUUGCUUUUUGAAAAUAUCCAUGAUCGUAAACGCGCUGUACCAAAAUGGCACACGUGACAUAGCGUGAGCUAGACAUGCAUAUAUAACGAGCAGUGUUUAAGCAGUUGACGACUUGUUGUUUGGAUUUGACCACGAGUGAUAUUCUUGAAGAGUAAAUCAUUUUGAAGGAGCAGACAUGAGCAUCUUAGUCACAGCGCUAAGAUCAGGCAAUUUAGAAGUCGUGAAAGAGAAAUUCUCUCGACCCGGAAGUCAGGUAAACACGCCAAUUCAACAUGGACGCAGUCCUCUUCACAUUGCCGUACAAGCUCAAAAGCUGGACGUUAUAAAGUAUCUUGUAUCGAAAGGAGCGGAUGUCAACUUAGCUGACGAGGAUGAGUGUUCUCCAUUGUACUACGCAGUUAUGAAUGAGAACAGCAAUCUUGUGGAGUAUUUGCUGCAAAUGGGUGCAGAUCCCGAUGGAGAAGACCCAGAUGGGAAAAAAUUGAUGGACACUGCGAAAGACGAGAAGAUAAAAACCAUGUUGAAGAAUGCUUAAACUUUUGGAAAAGACGCAGCCAGGCUGAAGGGUUGAACAUAGUAUGAAAUAAAAGUACAUAAGCGAUGUUUGAGAAAUAACAAAGGAAUUGACCAUGUCUGAGUAGGCUGAAUAGUUCUGUUUGGUGCAUUUAUACCGUCUGCGAAUGGGAAAAUAAACGCUUUGAGUAAUGGCAACUUACCAUAACAUGACAUCAUUCAUAAAUUGCGCGCUGUAAAAGAAAUGGGACUACUUGUAAUGCUACGGCUGGUUUACUAGAAAAAGCUUGAACACCUUGUAAGCUAUUUUCCAGAUAGUUGCGACUUUUUUCUCUUUCAUCUUACUUGUCAGUGAUGUUGCAAACAAUGUUGAGCUCAGUCGAAAGAAGAAAAAUGGUAAAAAAAAACACUGUCACAUGUUUAGUAUAUUUAAAGAAACUGAGCUCUUCUAAAUAGGUAAAAUUAUGAUUAUUUCUUGAAUUUAACAUGUAGCAAAAUUUGUGUUGUUGUGUGCUGGAUUGAUCUUAUGUUCUGGGUUCACGAAAGGCUUGAUGUUGGCUCUGUAGCCGGAAAUAAUUGAUUAAAUUUCAAGUUAAGAUAGCAUAAAAGACACAGUUUCAAUCACGAUAUUGAUUUUACAUAUACACAUAAACCAGGAAUCAAGACGUCAUACUUUAAUUGGCUUGAAAUAAAACGGCGUAAUUUA